AUGGCGUCUCUGAAUUUGAGCCACAUCAGAGGGGACUCUGCCUUUGCUGAGUUCCCUUUAACUCGUCUGGUUCGACCCAGUUUGAGUUUACCCGCUGGCCGAGUUGGGUUCAGAGUGUUGGGUCAAGCUCAGGCUUCCUCAGAACCGGAUUUGAGUGUUAAAGUAAAUGGACUUCAAAUGCCCAAUCCGUUUGUUAUCGGGUCGGGGCCUCCUGGAACCAACUAUACUGUCAUGAAGAGAGCCUUUGAUGAAGGCUGGGGCGCCGUGAUCGCAAAAACUGUUUCAUUAGAUGCAGCAAAGGUUAUAAAUGUAACGCCAAGAUAUGCCCGCUUGAGAGCGGACGCCAAUGGCUCUGCCAAAGGGCAGAUUAUUGGGUGGGAAAACAUAGAACUGAUAAGUGACCGGCCACUCGAAACAAUGCUGAAAGAAUUCAAGCAAUUGAAGGAAGAGUAUCCGGAUAGGAUUCUCGUUGCUUCAAUUAUGGAGGAGUAUAACAAGGCUGCUUGGGAGGAGCUAAUUGAUCGAGUCGAGCAAACAGGAAUUGAUGCUAUUGAAGUUAAUUUCUCGUGCCCUCAUGGAAUGCCGGAGCGAAAAAUGGGGGCGGCUGUUGGCCAAGAUUGCGGGCUGCUGGAAGAGGUUUGUGGCUGGAUAAAUGCGAAAGCUACUGUUCCUGUGUGGGCGAAGAUGACUCCUAACAUUACUGACAUUACUGAGCCGGCGAGGGUGGCUCUGAGAUCUGGAUGCGAGGGGAUAGCUGCUAUUAACACAAUCAUGAGUGUUAUGGGAAUCAAUCUCAAGACUUUGCGACCUGAACCUUGUGUUGAGGGAUACUCUACGCCUGGAGGCUAUUCUUGCAAGGCAGUCCAUCCUAUUGCACUGGCAAAAGUGAUGAAUAUUGCAAAAAUGAUGAAAGCCGAAUUUAAUGAUGGGGAUUACUCACUUUCUGGUAUUGGAGGUGUUGAGAAAGGUGCUGAUGCUGCUGAAUUUAUUCUUCUUGGAGCAAAUACCGUUCAGGUCUGCACUGGUGUUAUGAUGCACGGAUAUCCCCUUGUGAAGAAACUUUGUGAAGAGCUGAAGGACUUCAUGAGAUCGCACAAUUUCUCAACCAUAGAAGAUUUCCGAGGGGCUUCUCUAGAGUAUUUCACAACUCACACAGACUUAGUACAGCGACAGCAAGAAGCGAUCCGACAGAGGAAAGCCGUGAAGAAAGGAUUGCAAUCCGACAAAGACUGGACCGGGGAUGGCUUCGUGAAUGAGACGGAAAGCAUGGUUUCUAACUGAUUUUCACAACUGCAAUCAGCCUUUGCUCUUGUAUCAUUCAAAUAAACUGGGCUCUAAACUCAUCUCUCUUGUGAGUUGAACCUAACUUGACUGUAUAAAUAACAGUAAUGUUCAUAUAUAUGUCAAGUAACUCCUCUCAAAUACAUCGAAAUUGCAUUUUUAAGCA